GGCGAGGGGUCGGCGAACUCAUCUGUAUAAUGCUGAUUUGCUGCUCCGGCUAUCUUAUGCUGCUUAAUACAAUUACUCAGCGUCAAGGAAAACCGAAGACUCUGCAAUCGCGAAAGAACACCGAGCUGAAUAUCUAAGUAGACGUCCAGUCUCUGGAAAAGCAGAACCAACGAGUCCGUGACAGAGUGCCAGUGUCAAACAGUAUAGUAAUUACUAGGUCCGAGGGACAGCUAGUGAAAGAGAGAGCAACACUCUUCAAAGACUGGAUCGAAGCCCAUAAUGCCCAAAUCAAUCUCCAUUUCCAAGGUCGAAGGCAAGCCAGGCCAGGUCUAUUACCCUUUGUCACUCGACGAUGUCGCUAAACCUACUCCCAAGGGUAAAGAAGUUCUGAUCAAGAUCCAUGCUGCAGCACUAAACCAUCGUGAUCUGUUCAUCAGACAACAUCUCUACCCGGGCACUACUUUUGGCGUGCCCCUCCUGGCUGACGGUUGCGGCACUGUCAUCGCUGUCGGCAGUGAUGCCAAUACGAAGUGGAAGGGCAAGAGAGUCGUUGUGAACCCGGGUUCAGGCUGGAAAGACAGUCCCGAAGGACCCGAGGAGAAAGGCGGCUACAAAAUCCUCGGCGGCACAAAGUUGAAUGCGAACGGCACAUUGCAGGAGUACAUGGUCAUUGACGAGUCAGAGAUUGAGGAGGCACCAGACCAUUUGUCUACUGUUGAAGCUGCUGCCAUGCCUUUGACUGGCCUUACAGCGUGGAGAGCCGUCAUGAGCAAGUGCGGAGAACGCAACAUCGGACCAGGAAAAAAUGUUCUGGUCACGGGUAUUGGUGGUGGUGUAGCUUUGUUUGCACUCGAAUUUGCACGAGCCGCUGGCGCAAACGUCUACGUCAGCAGUAGCAGCGAGGAGAAGUUGCAAAAGGCUAUGAAGCUUGGAGCGAAGGCGGGGAUCGACUAUAAAGAGGAAGGGUGGGAGAAGAAAUUGUUGGGCAUGUUGCCUGCAGAAAAUAAGCAGCUCGAUGCUGUUGUUGAUGGAGCGGGCGGUGAUAUCGUCGACAAAAGUACGAGUCUGCUAAAGCCGGGUGGUGUCAUCGCAGUCUACGGCAUGACUACCGGACCCAAGAUGCCAUUUUUGAUGAAGGCUGUCCUCAAGAAUAUCGAGGUAAAAGGCUCAACCAUGGGCUCGAGGAAGGAGUUCAAAGACAUGGUCGACUUCGUCAAGUCAACAAAGGCAAAGCCGGUGGUGUCGCGGGUUGUUCAAGGCUUGGACAUAGAUGCCAUCAAUGGUUUGUUCGAUGACAUGAAGAAAGGUAGCCAGUUCGGCAAGUUGGUGGUCGAAAUCUCCAAGGAAGGCGCCGACAGUAAGUUGUGAAUAUAAUUAGACAUUGUCGACAUCUGCCAUUUGAACAAUUCCAUGUCGAUGUCAAUGCAAG